ACAACAAUCAUGAUUCAUAAUUUUAUAAACUAAAACAUGUAUGGUAGCGGAUUAUUUUUUGAUAGAAAUGGUCCUUUGAGAAAGGCUUUUCAAAGCUUUGGUCGUGAGUAAGUAUGCGUUGUAUAAAAACGCGUAAACUGCUCGCCCUGCUUAUAGCAGCAUGGCUUGUUGGUGUAGUCUAUUUUCUUUCUGGAAUGAAAAGCCUACAAGUGCUAUCUACCCACGACAACGACGACUUACUUGAUGAAUAUGAUAGGUUGUUGAAUGAAGAAGAAUCUCGCGAGAGGAGCACGGAAGCUACCGUAAAGGUUAUAGAUUUCCAAGUCAAACCAAAGCCAGGCGUACCCAAAGAUGUCAGAACCAUAGAGAACUUUGAUGCUGAAGGAUAUCUCGCUGGGGGUAGGCUAAAAGAAGGAGAGGAUGCUUAUGCCAAUAAUGCCUAUAAUCAAAAAGCAAGCGAAGAAGCUGCAUUUAAUCGCAAUGUACCAGAUGUACGACAUGAACAAUGUCAAUCCAAGGCUUGGCCCAUAGAUUUGCCAAGCACAAGUGUCAUAAUAUGUUUUCAUAAUGAAGGAAGAGCAGCAUUACUACGAACUGUUGUCAGUGUGCUACGUCAAACUCCUGAUCACUUGCUAUCAGAUAUAAUAUUGGUGGAUGAUAACAGUAAAGACUCAAACGACGGAAAGCUACUUGAAAAACUUCCAAAAGUGAAAACAAUAAGAAAUGAAAGAAGAGAAGGUUUGAUACGUAGUCGAGUGAAGGGAGCAGACAUCGCCCAAGGAGAGGUGUUGACAUUUUUAGAUAGCCACUGUGAAUGCAAUAAAGAUUGGAUGGAACCUUUAUUGUUGCAAAUUAAAGAGCAUCCUAAAACUUUAGUAUCGCCCAUCAUCGACGUCGUUAACAUGGAUAAUUUUCAAUAUCUUGCAUCUUCUCCUGAUUUACGUGGAGGAUUUAGUUGGAACAUGAACUUCAAAUGGGAUUAUCUUCCACAAGAUGUUUUAGCUGAACGACGAAAUACGCCAAUUGCACCUAUAAAGACGCCUGUUAUUGCUGGUGGCCUCUUCUCCAUUUCCAAAAAAUGGUUCUCUGAUAUCGGACAAUACGAUCUUGAUAUGGACGUUUGGGGAGGAGAAAACCUGGAAAUCUCAUUCCGCGUUUGGUUAUGCGGCGGGAAAAUGGAAAUAUUGCCUUGUUCUAGAGUUGGACAUGUUUUCAGAAAUCGACAUCCUUACGACUUUCCUGGUGGAAGUAUGAAUGUCUUUCAAAAAAAUAGCAGGAGAGCUGCUGAAGUGUGGAUGGAUAAUUAUAAAAGAUAUUACUACGCUUCCGUGCCUUACGCAAAAAAUAUUCCUUUUGGAGACAUUCGAGGACGUAUUGAUUUGAAAAUGCGACUUGGAUGCAAACCUUUCAGUUGGUACGUUAAGAAUGUUUAUCCCGAAUUAAAACUACCUAAAGAAGAGGACGUGCAAGCAUUUGGUGAUAUUAAACAGGGUUCGAACUGCGUGGAUACGUUAGGGCACAACACUGUGGGGGGAAGUGUUGGUCUGUUUAAAUGCCACGAUUCAGGUGGUAACCAGGAUUGGAUGUUUACGAAACAUGGUCAACUUAAACACGACGGAUUGUGUUUAGCUGUGAAGAUAGGUCGAGUGAACGAGGUUGUUCGAUUUCAACCUUGCUUGGAAAAGCAUCCUAAUCAGCAUUGGGUUUCGACGAUGGACAAACAACUUCGGUUUAAAGGUUCGAACUUCUGUCUGGAUAGCCGUGACCAUCGUGAUAAGGGAGUAACAAUAUCAAAAUGUGACUCCAGUAGUAAUACUCAGAUUUGGAAUUUUGGCGUUCAGUUAUAACUUGCCCGGAUGCAGAUCUCUUAUCUUGGCGUAAUGGUUUUACUGCCUGAAUAAAGCAUUAAAACGUAUCCUUGACUUGACUCAGUGUUGAAUUUCAAAUUUGAAAUGUUUUUUAAUUGGUAAUUAUAAAUAUAUGGCACUCUAAAAUGCAACGAGCCAACGACGUCGUGUUUUAGACAGGGCAUCGAGAAAGAAACUGCAUCCCACUUUACCCACCCCCCGUCUUUCAAUGAUAGAAAAAGACACGUGGUCUGGCGUAUACCAAUAAACUGAAUGGAGUGUUUUCAUGUGACGUCAAAGCGGCCAUGUUGGAGAGUUACAUCAAAUUGCCGAUGCUCAACAGAGCAUGAAAUCAACAGAAAUUCUUUUCACCAUAUGGUAUUUCCCCCCAACAUGGCGACUGACGAAAACAAUCUAUAGAGAAAUUAUCAAAGCACGUAUCGUGUAGUAAAAUUUGUACAUAGUUAGGAAUGCUUUUUGAAAGGAAAUUCAUUAGAUUAAACAGUAGUAAAA